AUGAUAGCUCUACGUAGUAUCAACAUCCAUACUUCGUUCGCGAAUAUGGUCCAAAUAGAUGCAAACAUUCUUGGUAUGGUGACCAAAAUAAUGCAGUACUUUCGACCGAUUUUAUCUAUAAGAAGUCCAGCUAAGAAGUUUGCUAAAAAACAUGUAAAUUUAGGAUCGCUAACAACUGGCAUGAGCAUGUACUGGUCAUCUCCAAUGAUUGUCAAACUAUCAAAUGGAACAGACAUCCCUUUGCCACAACCAAUUACAGAGAAAGAAGGAUCAUGGAUAGUUUCAGCAGGUUAUUUAGCUGCAAUCGCAACUAAUUUUCUAGGAGGACUGCUUAUAGAUAAAAUCGGUCGAAAAUACUGCAUUAUUUUGGUCACCAUACCAAGGCUAUUUGCAUCUGUUUGGACCAUAUUCGCAAACGAAGUAUGGAUGUUGAUACUAUGUAGAGCUGUCAUGGUAUUAACUGACUGUUACAUGUUUGUUGCUAUCCCGGUAUAUGUAUCAGAAAUCGCUAGUAAAGAUCACCGUGGACCACUUGGCACAUUCCUACAUAUCUCAUCGUGUACGGGCAUAGUGAUAACUCUCGGUGUGGGGCCAUUUCUGUCAUACACAGUAUUCAAUGCCAUAUUAGCCGGCGUAAUAGUUAUAACGGCAUUACCUUUACCAUUUCUACCAGAUAGCCCCUUCUACCUAUAUACCAAAGGUAGAAUCGAUGAUUCGUUAACAGUUUUAUCAAAAAUUCGAGCCUCCGACGACAUAAUUAAACAAGAAAUUGAAGAUUAUAAAUCAGCAAAAAGAGUACAAAUCAAUACACUUGCUUUGUUCAAAGACAAAAUAUUUUUAAAAUCUCUGUCACUGGGUAUUUUGAUUUGCGCUGGGUCCAAUGCUAUAGGCUACAAUGCUGUAUCGUUUUAUUUGCAAACUAUUCUGGAUUCGACUAAAACUAGUGUUCAGUCUGAACAUGCAUCAGUUGUUAUUGGUUGCAUUCAACUAUUCGCUGCCUUAUGUACUUCUUUCUUUAAUAAUACUUUUGGAAGACGACCUAUAUUGAUAUAUACACUCGCUGGCUUAUUUUUAGGAAUGAUUGGACUCGGUACUUUCUUCGAAUUGACUUCCAAGGAAAAUUAUAUUGUGACUGGUUUUCUAAAUUAUCUACCAAUCAUUUCUUUGAUAGUUUGUACCUAUUGCUUUAAUGUGGGUAUCGGCUGCCUUAUCUUUGUAGUUACAGCUGAAUUAUUCGAUGGAGCGGCAAGAGCUAUCGGUGUCUCAAUAUGCAUUUUAGUAUCACUACUAAUAGUAUUCUUGACUACCAACUACUUUGCAGAAAUGGCCGUAAAAUUAGGACCGUCAAACACUUACUGGUUUUUCAGUGCAAUGUGUGCAUUAGUUGGUACAUUAAUAUACUUCUUUAUUCCCGAAACUAAAGGGAAAACUUUCAGUGAGAUUCAAAUAGCUUUGGGAAGAAAAAAUAAUGAAACUGAGGAUAAGGAAAGACAAAUGAGUUAG